GUUCGAUGCAGUCCGAGGACGAAAUCAUUAUCAGCUGUCGGCAUCUCAUGACCACGCGAGUUAACCUCGCCCUAGCCUAAUCAGAUCGGACAUGAUACAGCGCACUACUAUGACAAACACGAUUUUGCUCACUAUCCUCAUAGCACGGUUUAUUUCAGCACUCCACGGCACUACAAUGCUCGACUCGCCGGCAGGUUAAAAGCCUGCUACCCGCCGUGAAAUCUGGUUUACAGCUACCACAUCCCCCUUCCCUCACGAAGCACGACACGGUUCCCCCCAAGCUCAGCCCAUAAUGGCAAGCGCCGAUCUCGUUCUCCGAUGGGUAUAUCCCCCCGAGGACACCAACCCAGACAGACGGACCUUCAAUAUCAUCCAGAUCGUAGAGGAAUCGCCGGAGCCAGUUGAGAUGUACAAGUUCCAACACCCCAACACUGGAACGAAUACCGGUGUUACCAUCGUAUCACGCAAGAACGCUGCUACGCAGCGGUGGGAACCGGCCAUCCAGAUAGACUGGCUCUCUGACCAUACCGCCAACGUUGGCUUCGGGACCGCCGAACGUGUCCACAUGAGGGAGCUGCGCAAGAUGAAGAAGCAGUCUAGCAAAUCCCGCCGGUUCAAGGCCGGGGGUUCCGAGUACAAGUGGAAACAGGCAGAGAAUGGCAGGGAUCUACUUUGCGUUAGCACCAGGGGCAAAGAGGUUGCCACCUGGUCCGAUGAUCAAUCUACGCUGCGCGUUACUGACCGCGGAGAAGGCAUCCUCGAUCGCGUCGUAGUUACUUGCUUCCUCAACUCAUGGAUGAACGGGCUCAGACUAUGGUGAUGGAAUGAGCCUUGUCAUCUCCGCAUACAUGAAUCGUCGUAAUGACUAGCUUAUGUAUCAUGUAAUGACCUUUAUUGAGAUACCCAUGAUUAAUAUACAGAUGAAUGAAUGAAGGGGACAGCGCAGUGUAGAUCGACUAGCGGUCCAGGAUAACGCAGAGAAGCACAGGACGCGGGCAGAAGGGCUCAUCGCGCCUCGAAUUGCACCACUGUC